UUCGUUGUGAGUGUCUCUGUUCACCUGACUGUGCUGUAGAUCAUUCCAUUUCUUCUGUGUGAGUCUGUAGUGUCAGCAGAACCCCCCUCCCUCCCGGCUGAGCCAGUAGGGGAGGGGUGGACAGACCUGCCUUCCCCUGUUCCCCACCAGCCAUCCCCUUUAGGAGGCUGGAGGCCAGAUUCGGCUCCUCCCAUCGUGUGUUGGCUGAGGGCGCCCCAUUCCCUGAGCCCCCGGCUGAAAGGCAGUAUUUCAUCCGGGGAGCGCUCCCUUACCCUGCCCUGCUAUUUUUAGCAUCAGCCGCCGGAAUAUAAAGCAGUGGAUUAGAGUGUAAAGUCAGGGGCAGGUCUGUGCAGUGAUCGGAGGGGGAGGAGAGACAGACAGCGAGAGAGAGAAAGGGACGGCAGGCAGACUGCAAUAAGAAGGAAGGAGGGACAUACACAGCGGUCGGUACUGCUUUCUUUUUUUUAUAUGAGCGGUAACGCAGAUCGCUUGUGGAGCUUUGUGUGUGUGAAUGGCAGGGGUUCGCUAAGAGACCAGCCCUGGGGAGGGGGAGGCACUCCAACCUUGACAUGUUGACCAGCGCUGUGUAAAAAAGAGACAGCAGCAGCAGCAACAGCAGCGACUUGGGGGUUGAAAUGUCAAUUACUCGGGGACGUGGGUUUAAGCUAAAAAGGAGAUGUGAAAGAUUAAAUAGAACAUGGCAACGAGUGCUGUUCCAAGUGAUAAUCUCCCCACAUACAAACUUGUGGUGGUGGGUGAUGGUGGUGUUGGAAAAAGUGCUCUCACCAUCCAAUUCUUUCAAAAGAUUUUUGUGCCAGAUUAUGACCCAACAAUUGAAGACUCUUACUUGAAACACACAGAAAUCGAUGGGCAGUGGGCCAUUCUGGAUGUGCUUGAUACAGCGGGUCAAGAGGAGUUCAGUGCUAUGAGAGAGCAGUACAUGAGGACGGGGGAUGGGUUCCUCAUCGUCUAUUCAGUCACUGACAAGGCCAGCUUUGAACAUGUGGACAGGUUUCACCAGCUGAUAUUACGGGUCAAAGAUAGAGAGUCUUUCCCCAUGAUUCUGGUCGCCAAUAAGGUUGAUCUAAUGCAUUUGCGAAAAGUCACAAGUGAACAAGGGCGAGAAAUGGCUGCUAAGUACAAUAUACCUUACAUAGAAACCAGUGCCAAGGAUCCUCCUCUGAAUGUUGACAAAGCCUUUCAUGAUCUUGUUCGAGUCAUAAGGCAACAAAUACCAGAGAAGAGCCAGAAAAAGAAGAAAGCAAAAUGGCGUGGAGACAGGACAACUGGCUCUAACAAACUGCAGUGCUCAGUCAUGUGACAGCUUCUUUGCCUUCUUGAACGCUGCUAUUGGUCAAUUCAAUAGAAACGUUGAACCUAAUGCUAAGUUAUGUACCGCCUGUGUGCUACACAAGGAUCUUUCGGACUGUGUGCUCAGUAAACUGUAGCAGUGUUAUGUGUGGGACGGAGGAGGAGAGGGGUGUGGGGGCAAAACCCCCACUCCCCACUCCUCCACUGAACAGGUUUGCACUCUCGAAAGACACUGAAGUCGCCUUGUGGAACGCAAAGGCACCUCGGUCUAACUCCACUCAAACCGGAUUUGGCAGAGAAGUGACUUUUUUUUUGAAAAACUAUCAUUCUUGCCUCUCACUUUAAGUUGUGUGCCAGACUGAACUGCUGCACUGAGCUGUUAUGACUCGAAGCUCACCGAGCGACAUGACCCCUUCAUGUCGGUUUCUAAGUUGCAGGGCAAUGUCAGAAAAAGCUGCCUCUUGGAGAAAGGAAGGCGACUGGAAUUGGAACGUCGAUGAGAGAAGUUAAAUCCAUCUGCAGUUGCCUCCUGGACAUGGCUUCAAACAUUGUCCUUAAAUUUAUGAACUGCAGUUUUCCCUCUUCCUUAAGCCCAUCCACAAUUGUUUUUUGAAAUAUAAAGAAAAGAUUCACAUUAUUCGCCCCAUUCAGAUGUGGCUGCCUGUGGUCCGCAUUUUGUCUCAACACACAGAAAUGGAAGGACUCUUCCCAGAAGUCUAAAGGGUUUGAAGCAGUUCUUUUAACUUGAUGUUACUUUUUGUAAUUGUUUAAAAUAUGUGCACUUUUUUUGAGGGUUUCAAACCCAUUUUAUACUCUGUCUCUCAGUUGUUAAAACUGCACUGCGAUUUGAUUUGUUUAGAGAAAGUGUUUGCAUCAAUGGCACCAUUUUCUGGUACCAGGUGUGUGAUAGCGUGUUAUUGUAAUUGAGCAAGAAGGAAAUAUUCUCUUUCCCAAGAAAGCAAACAAAACUGAAAAUAGUCGUUGUCCUGGUGAAUGUGCCCUCAAGCUUGCAGUUCUCAGUUGACAGAGAAAGGAAACAGUGGGACUCAGGCUCGGGUCUACCUUACCACUUGGAGUUGAGCUCCUGAAGACCAAGCAAGGUGGAAUUAUCCAUCGUAAUGUGGUCACUGCGCAGAUGGGAGGGUAAUUGUAAAUUGUGUGGUAAGCUCUGUUCCAGUUGCUGCGAUGUGAAGCCAAUAUUAGUCGGAAAGUCUGAAAACUGCCAGGAAACUGUGGCAACCAACAUGCACCUCGAAAAAGCCAACUCCCUCCCUGUCUACAUGAUUUUUACAGUAACAUCUAAGUAGGAAGUGUUGACUUAGCCUUAUGAAGCUUUUCAGCAUCUUUUAUGAAGUUGGUAGCACAUGUUAGGUCCAUAGCUUGUUUUUUUUCUCUCAAUGAACUAUCUCAGUGAAUAUUCAGUUGCCGUUACAAAUGUCUCUACUGGCAGCUUAGGGCAUUACACUACACUUGAUGUUAUGUUGUACAAAACUCCUGCUAGUGGCAACUUUUGCCCUUGAAGCCAUUGACAUCCAGUUGAGAAGUCCGGUAAUUGCUACUGAACUGGCUUGAUCAACUGUAGAAUUACAAAAUGUUGUCAUCCUAGUUUCUUACAUGGGUUAAGUUCCAGUCUCCACCAUUAAACACAUAGUUUCUACCAGUUGGGGGGUGGGAAAAUUCACGCUAGUGCCACCUAGCUUUCGAUUAACUUUUGGCUUAAUAACUGUCUCUGCACUUUGUUCCAAAGGAGCGUACUGAUUCCUAUACAACUGACUUGUCCAUUAAUUGCCAAUCUCAGUUCAGACAUGAAAAGCAAAACCGGAGAACAUGCCAAAAUGCUUCUGUCAACUAAGCAUUUUGAAGUGUGGAUACUGUUGUGGAAUAAACAUGACAGCUAAUUUGCACCCAUCUUCUUUUCAAUUAAUGCACAGAAUCUUUUACAAUCACCAUGAAGGGUGUAUGUUGAAUAUUCAUCUAAACAAUGACACCGCUGACAGUAUAACAGUCCCACAGUAAUGCACUGUGUGGUCUUCUGAUCUUAGGUGUUCGGAUCCACUGGAGUAGGUCAUGUACCUGUGACCUACAUGGUGAGGUGAAAGUGCAAUCUCUGAGCCAAAGCUGCCACCCUACUGACCUUUCACCUCUUACAGCAAUUCAAAUCCAGCUCCGACAAAGAAGAGGAAGAUCUCUUUGCAUCGUCUGAAAGGAUUUUGAUUGAAAUAAGUUUGAACAGGCUAAUCAUCAGCACAAAGUCACCACCAACAUAGCAGUCAUUGGCAAUCUCACUCAAGGGUACCUACAGUACGACUGUCAGAGAAUAUAGAAUGGUAGUUUACACAAUGCUAUUCUGAAGUUGGGGCUAAGUAGUGUUGUUGGGCCACAGUGAAGUUGUCUUGCUCAUAUGGGAAAUGGAUCCUUCAACUCAGUUGGCAUCUUGCUGCCAAAUUAAUUUAUUAAAACUCAUUAUGUUGUGGCACAUCAUUGUUAAUAGUCACUGUAUUAUAGAUAGUAGGAAUGCAGAUGGUGUAAUUACAACCAAGCUUCUCCUUGUAUUUUGUAACUGCUUUGUUACCAAGUCGCAUAAACUGUUGGCAACAGCUAGUUGUUGGUUGCAAUAUACCAGUGAAUUCAGUAAGUGACACAGUGCUGUCUUCAGAGCAUCAGUAUCUUUAAAGUGCAAUUUGGUAUCUAUAUUCAUUCAUUAAAUUGUUUACAAGACAGUAUAAAGGGAUGACGACAUCCCUUCAGUAUUUGGUACCAGGGAGGAGAAAAGGGCUUGGAAUUUUGGACUGCACCUUAACCCUAUGAGUACCACACUAGUGGCAAACGUCACAGAUCAUAUUUCCAACUCUUUGCCUCCAUUACCAUAACUGUUCCUCAUAGCAGACUGUUGUUCUAGUGACAAGUAAACUGGUGAUGUUUUAAGGGUUAAACAUGGCGUUGUGUGGCAUUUGUAAGGUAAACUUGAACAGUUACCAAGACAACAGCCAUCUGAUUCUGUGGCUGUUACUGUACUUCACGUUAAUUGGAGACUUAGAGGUUUUGUGUGGUAAAUCGUAUACUGUGACUUUAAUUGCAAAAAAAAAUGAGGAAAAAAGGUUUUGAACAAGCGAUGUAAUAUUUUAAUAAAAUUCUAACUGGAAAACUGCA